UCUCCUCACGCGGAAGUGAAUGUGAGCUGUCAAACACAUUCGGGCAAAUCAGUUUCAGCGGUGUAGUUCUUCGUUGGCAGGAAAGUAGUUGUUGACGUGACUUCAGAAUGGACAGUCCGCGCUGGUUGCCCCUAGAGUCAAAUCCAGAAGUCAUGACCAAGUUCGUCAACUGCUUGGGAAUGAGACCAACCUGGCAAUUUGGCGAUGUCUACGGAUUGGAUCCAGAGCUUCUCGGCAUGGUCCCAAGACCAGUGUGCGCAGUGCUCCUUCUCUUCCCGGUGACGGACAAGUAUGAGGCUUUCAAGCAAGAAGAGGAGGAGAAGCUCAAGGGUCAGCAACAGGAGGUCUCUCCUGACGUUUACUUCAUCAAGCAGACCAUUGGAAACGCCUGUGGAACAAUAGGAUUAAUUCACGCAGUGGCAAACAACCAAGCUCAUUUGGAAUUUGAGUCCGACUCUCCACUGAAGAAGUUUAUUGAACAAACGUCCAAAAUGACCGCAGCGGAAAGGGCAGCCUUCCUGGAAAAAGACGAGAGCAUACGUGUUACACAUGAAUCCAGUGCACAGGAGGGGCAGACUGAGGCCCCGAGUUUAGAUGAGAAAGUGAACCUUCAUUUUAUAGCCUUUGUGAAUGUGGGAGGACAGUUGUAUGAACUGGAUGGGCGGAAGCCUUUCCCUAUUGUUCACGGAAAAACCUCCGAAGAUCGUUUCCUGGAGGACGCUGCAGAGGUCUGUAAGGUCUUCAUGGCUCGCGACCCUCAAGAGCUGCGUUUCACCAUCAUUGCCCUCUCCAAAGAUUAACUCUGUCCCUCGGAAAAUAAAGGACAACUCGACUGCCAAACAUUCUCAAGUGCUGAAUAUGUUGGAUUUAUUUUGUUUUCUUUGCGCAAAAUAUCUGUGGGGACUAUCGUAAAAUAUCAGCGGUAUCAUUCUGAAGUUUUGUUCCAUUUUUGGUAUGAAUCACUCUAAAUUCUAAGGGAAUCGGAGUGCUGCUUUGGGCUAAAAGUAUUUCCUGUAAAAGAUCAAACUCUUGCAGCUCCCCUCUGCUGGACCCUCUGUAGCUGUAAACUGAUAUCGGCUGUGCUAACUUGACGCGGCACUUGUUUGAGUGUUUGGUUUCAAUUAAGAAAGAAAUUGAAAAAUAUAACUUUCUUCAACAAUGCAUACUGCACUUGGUGCUUUUGUUUUGAAAUGUCCAAUCCUGUAAAAAAAAAAAACAACAACAGCUGGAUAAAAGUAUUUAACAAGGCUUUAAUUGUAGUCAUAGCUUUGAAAAUCACAUCCUAUUGCUGUUGUAAAGCAGUAAAAAUAUGAUCAAAAGCUGACGCAGGCUGUACAGGCGCCUGGAAGGUGUCUACAUUUUCUUAAAAAGAAUGUGAAAUAAAAGGCAAAUUUAUUAAACA